GAGGGGUCAGGCCGACCGGCCGGCGGCUGCUUGUAGGCCCACCCCUCACGGUGGGACGUGGUACGUGUGGGAAACAAAACACAAGGAAGAAGGCCCUCGUGGUCAGUCAGUCGACCGGCUGUGUUCAACGUGCUACCGGCGACGGGGAGAGACAGGAAGACGGAGCGAGCAUGGAUCCGCUGGUGGCCGCGAUCGACCAGGGCACUAGCUCGACGAGGUUUCUGGUGUUCAACGCAAAGACGGCCAAACUGAUCAGUCACCAUCAAGUAGAAAUCACGCAGAGUUUCCCCAGGGAGGGCUGGGUGGAGGAAGACCCCAAGGAGAUCAUGCAGUCUGUCUACGAGUGCAUGGAGAGGACUUGUGAGAAACUCUGCCAACUGAACAUCGACGUCUCCGACAUAAAAGCGGUGGGAGUGACGAAUCAGAGAGAGACAACCCUGGUGUGGGACAAAGAGACUGGAGAGCCACUCUACAAUGCCAUAGUUUGGUUGGACCUGCGAACGCAGUCGACAGUGGAGAGGCUCAUCAACAAGACUCCGGGCCAAAACAAGAACCACCUCAAGCACAAGACAGGCCUUCCCAUCAGCACCUACUUCAGUGCAGUGAAGCUGCGUUGGCUUCUUGACAAUGUGGAGGAGGUGCGACAGGCGGUAGUGAGCGAGCGUGCCAUGUUCGGCACGGUGGACUCCUGGAUCAUCUGGUGCCUGACGGGGGGCAGGAACGGGGGGGUCCACUGCACCGAUGUGUCCAACGCCAGUCGCACCAUGCUCUUCAACAUUAACACCAUGGACUGGGAUCCUGAACUGUGCAGGUACUUUGACGUCCCCAUAGAAAUCCUCCCCAAAGUCCGGAGCUCCUCUGAAAUCUACGGCUGGAUGAAAUCCAGCUCUCUAGCGGGAGUUCCAAUCUCUGGGUGUCUCGGUGACCAGUCGGCGGCUCUAGUUGGUCAGAUGUGCUUCAAGGAAGGUCAGGCCAAAAACACGUAUGGGACUGGUUGCUUCCUGCUCAGAAAUACAGGGACCAAGCCUGUUAUGUCCGAGCACGGCCUGCUCACCACAGUUGCGUACAAAAUGGGAAAGGACGAGCCCGCCUGCUACGCACUGGAGGGUUCCGUGGCCAUCGCGGGGGCGGUGGUGCGGUGGCUGAAGGACAACAUGGGCAUCGUGCAAUCCUCCUCAGAGAUCGAGACACUGGCAGCCGCAGUCGGCACGUCUUACGGAUGCUACUUUGUGCCGGCUUUCUCUGGGCUCUACGCCCCCUACUGGGAGCCCAGUGCUAGAGGCAUCAUCUGUGGGCUGACUCAGUUCACCAACAGGAACCAUUUGGCGUUUGCUGCUCUGGAGGCCGUCUGUUUCCAGACCAGAGAGAUCCUCGAUGCGAUGAACCAGGACAGCGGUGUCCCUCUGACGGAGCUGCAGGUGGACGGAGGCAUGACGUCCAACAGGUUACUGAUGCAGCUGCAGGCCGACAUCCUCUGCAUGCCCGUCGUGCGACCCGUCAUGUCGGAGACCACAGCUCUGGGUGCAGCCAUGGCAGCAGGGGCGGCAGAGGGGGUGGACGUGUGGAGCCUCAGCCCCAGUCACCUCCCGCAUGUAACUUGUGAGAAAUUCGAACCUCAGAUCAACUCUGAUGAGAGCGAGUUCCGCUUCGCUCGCUGGAAGAAGGCCGUGCAGAAGGCCAUGAACUGGGAGACCACAGAGCCUAGCUGCAAUUGCCCUGGUUUUGGGAAGAAGAUUAACGGUGCCCCCUGGGGGGUACCUCCCUCUCCUCCCCCCACCAGAGCGGACCCCUAAGACCAGCAGCAGUAACAGAAACGUACCUGUAGGACGUGAGCUGCAUGUGGAAGAGGAAGUGUGCCCCCUGUGGAUACUGCAGCUGCAUUAUGCAGUGUACAGUAGCAUCUCAUGGCUGUGGUGUUUGAACACAGGUCGUGGUCGAACUGAAGUGCCCGCUGGAAUCAAGUGACCUCUGCAGCUUUAUUGAAGUAACGAGGUCAACUUUUUAAUGGACUUUUUUUUGUGGGGGAAGAGUGUUCGUUCUCUAACCAUCCUGUUGAAACUAUGAAUUAACCUCCUACAGUCAAUUUGAGGGGAAAGUCGUGUUUGUAGUCAUGAUGCAGUGUCACACAGUUGUACCUCAUCUCUGUAACAGUACUGUUUGUUUCUUCUGUAUAGUGUUGAUUUGUUAUUUACUUUCUCAUUUAAAUUGACAGGGUGUUUUAACGUCUUAAUGUUAAAUAACCCGACAUCAAGCAUUAAUCAUUUAUCCUGUGAGAAUAUGGUAGCCACACAGGAUUAUUUUUGAAAAUGGAAAGUGCGUUAACCUGAAGGGAAGAUUCGAGCUGGGGUCAGCGCAAAGAGUCUAUGGAGAAGUCAACUCAACACCGUACAUUUUGAUUCAUAUCAGCUUUCAUUCUAAUCCAGAAACAAAGACAGAUUAAAUCACUUAUUUUUGUGAGUAACAUUUGUAUCCAGAUAUAUUUAGAGCAGAACAUUUGGUUUCUGAUUCAUCUGUAGUUUAGUAGGUACAGAAUUUUGAUUUGGUACUAAUUACUUUUUCCCUGGAUCUUGUUUGCAUUGUGCUUUUCUUUUGUCAUUUGUUUUAUAAAAUGCACAGACACUUCUUCAGGAAUGUACAGAUACUGUAACAAAUGUGACUUCUCCCUGCCUCCGAUAAAGAAAAGAGUUCAUCACUA